GGGGGGAGGGGGGCUGGGAAAGUUGAGGCCGCGCUGCCGCCGGGUCUCCGGCCUUGAGGGCUCGGGCUCGCAGCGGCUGCGGUGGCCGCAAAAAGAGGCGGCGGGGGCGGGGGGAGAGGAGGGCCUGGGCCCGCGCUCCCCCAGCCCCGGAGGAGCAGGCGGUGGCCGCGGACGGAGAGAUUCGCCCAGACGGUCAGACACUCCUGCCUUCCCCUCCUGGGAUCAUGACCCAGGCGGGGGUCGCCGCCGUCGCCGCCGCCACCGCGGCCGAGACCGCGCAGCCGGCGGUAAGAAGAAAGCAUAACUCAUAGACCAUCUUCUGGCAGAAGAUGAUACAUUUGGAUCAGAAACGGGAGGCAUUGGAAGCCAGGAAUCAAAAGUGAAGAAACUCUGCAAGCCCUUAGCUGUACUGUAACCAUGCCAGAAAUGACAGAGAAUGAGACGCCUACAAAAAAGCAGCACAGAAAGAAAAACCGGGAGACACACAAUGCAGUGGAGAGGCAUAGAAAGAAGAAAAUCAAUGCUGGGAUAAACAGAAUAGGAGAGCUGAUCCCAUGUUCUCCUGCCCUGAAGCAGAGCAAGAAUAUGAUCCUGGACCAAGCCUUUAAAUAUAUAACAGAAUUGAAAAGGCAAAAUGAUGAACUCCUGCUUAAUGGAGGAAACAAUGAACAAGCUGAAGAAAUAAAAAAGCUACGGAAACAACUGGAAGAAAUCCAAAAAGAAAAUGGCCGAUAUAUUGAAUUACUGAAAGCUAAUGACAUAUGCUUAUAUGAUGACCCCACAAUUCACUGGAAAGGAAAUCUUAAAAACUCAAAGGUCUCUGUUGUUAUUCCUAGUGACCAAGUUCAAAAAAAUAUCAUUGUUUAUUCCAACGGGAAUCAGCCUGGUGGAAACAGCCAGGGAACAGCUGUUCAGGGGAUAACUUUUAAUGUUAGUCAUAAUUUACAAAAGCAGACUGCCAAUGUGGUGCCAGUGCAGAGGACUUGCAAUCUUGUGACUCCUGUAUCUAUUUCUGGAGUUUACCCUUCUGAAAACAAGCCAUGGCAUCAGACCACAGUUCCUGCAUUGGCUACCAACCAGCCUGUUCCUCUUUGUCUUCCUGCUGCCAUUUCUGCUCAGAGUAUUCUCGAGCUUCCCACCUCUGAAAGCGAAUCAAAUGUGCUGGGUGCCACUAGUGGCUCACUGAUUGCUGUUUCAGUUGGAUCCGAGCCUCACCAACAUCAUUCUUUGCACACAUGUCUAAAUGAUCAAAAUUCUUUUGAAAAUAAGAAUGGACAAGAGAACCCCAAAUUAUUGAAGAAAAUGACCCCUUGUGUUACAAACAUCCCCCACAGCUCCUCAGCAACUGCCACUAAAGUGCACCAUGGAAACAAGUCCUGCCUGAGCAUACAGGACUUCAGAGGUGAUUUUCAGAACACUUUUGUUGUUUCAGUUAACACCACAGUCUGCUCGCAGCCUCCCAGAACUGCAGAUGAUUCUUCUCCAAUGAUCAUUAGUAAGAGUGCAGACUUGACAAGUACAGCUACAGUGGUGGCAUCAUCUGCCCCUGGAGUAGGGAAGGCCACCAUUCCUGUAAGCACUCUUUCGGGAAACCCUUUGGACAAUGGUUGGACUCUUUCUUGUUCUUUGCCUUCUUCAAGUGUUAGUACUUCAGAUUUGAAAAACAUUAAUAGCCUUACACGAAUUUCUUCAGCUGGAAACACGCAGACAACGUGGACUACUUUGCAACUGGCGGGAAACACUAUUCAGCCCUUAAGCCAGACACCAUCUUCUGCUGUGACUCCAGUAUUAAAUGAGUCUGGUACUAGCCCCACCACAAGCAACCACAGUAGACAUGUGGCUACAGGCAUCAACUUGAAUAAUUCCUUUCCAGCAGAUGGGCAGCCAGUUGAGCAAGUAGUUGUAACAUUGCCUUCUUGUCCAUCUUUACCUAUGCAGCCACUAAUUGCCCAGCCACAAGUUAAAUCUCAGCCUCCCAAAAAUAUCCUUCCACUGAAUUCAGCAAUGCAAGUGAUUCAGAUGGCUCAGCCAGUUGGGUCAGCUGUUAAUGCAGCUCCAGCUAAUCAAAAUGUUAUAAUUCUUCAGCCACCCAGCACCACCCCAUGCCCAACAGUGAUGAGGGCAGAAGUUCCCAACCAAACAGUAGGUCAACAGAUAGUAAUCAUACAGGCUGCUAAUCAGAAUCCUUUGCCACUCCUCCCUGCCCCACCUCCUGGUUCUGUUCGACUCCCUAUCAAUGGAGCCAAUACUGUAAUAGGGUCUAAUAAUUCAGUGCAAAAUGUUCCAACACCACAGACUUUUGGAGGAAAGCAUCUUGUCCACAUAUUACCAAGACCUUCAUCUUUAUCAGCGUCUAACUCAACACAAACUUUUUCUGUUACCAUGUCAAACCAACAGCCUCAAACCAUUUCUUUAAAUGGACAGCUCUUUGCUUUGCAGCCUGUGAUGUCUUCAUCAGGAACUACAAAUCAAACCCCUAUGCAAAUUAUUCAACCCACCACCAGCGAAGAUCCAAAUACCAAUGUUGCCCUGAAUACAUUUGGUGCUUUGGCCAGCCUCAAUCAAAGCAUAUCACAGAUGGCUGGGCAAAGCUGUGUACAGUUGUCUAUUAGCCAGCCUGCCAAUGCUCAAACUGCUGCAAAUAGUCAAACCACUACAGCUAACUGUGUUUCAUUAACAACAACUGCAGCACCUCCUGUGACAACAGAUAGUUCAGCCACACUAGCUAGUACUUAUAAUCUAGUGAGUACUUCCUCAAUGAACACUGUUGCUUGUUUGCCUAACAUGAAAUCUAAAAGGUUGAAUAAGAAGCCAGGUGCCAGGAAACACUUAGCAGCAAACAAGUCAGCGUGUCCCCUGAAUUCAGUCAGAGAUGUGAGCAAGUUAGACUGCCCCAUCACUGAAGGCUCAGCAGAGCCAUCCUGUAAUGAUGGACUGCUAGAAAGCUUCCCUGCUGUGUUACCAUCUGUCUCUAUGUCCCAGGCAAAUAGUGUGAGUGUUUCUGCUUCACAUUCUUUGGGUGUUCUAAGCUCUGAAUCAUUAAUACCUGAGUCUGUAUCGAAAUCUAAGUCAGCAGAAAAGUCCAGCCCACCCUCCCAAGAAUCUGUAAUGAGUGAACAUUUUGCAAUGGCCACAGCAAAAUCCAAAGAUUCUACCCCUAAUCUACAACAAGAGACAUCUCAGGAUAAACCACCAAGUAGUUUAGCAUUAUCAGAUGCUGCCAAACCCUGCACUUCAGCCAAUGUAUUGAUUCCAUCUCCAAGUGAUCCUCACAUUUUGGUUUCUCAGGUUUCUGGUUUGUCAUCUACAACAAGCACUACAAGUACUGACUGUGUUUCUGAGGUAGAAAUCAUUGCUGAACCUUGCAGAGUUGAGCAAGAUUCAUCAGAUACAAUGCAAACCACAGGUCUCUUAAAGGGGCAAGGUUUAACUACAUUGCUAUCUGAUCUUGCUAAAAAAAAAAACCCUCAGAAAUCAUCUCUUUCUGAUCAGAUGGAUCAUCCUGACUUUUCUUCAGAAAAUCCUAAAAUAGUUGAUUCAAGUGUGAAUUUACAUCCCAAACAGGAACUAUUACUGAUGAACAAUGAUGAUAGAGAUCCUCCACAGCAUCAUUCCUGCCUCCCUGAUCAAGAGGUUAUUAAUGGUUCUUUGAUCACCGGUAGACAGGCCGACUCUCCCAUGUCAACCAGCUCUGGCAGUAGUCGUAGUUUCUCAGUUGCAUCCAUGCUUCCUGAAACAACAAGAGAAGAUGUGACCAGCAAUGCAACAACUAAUACAUGUGACAGCUGUACCUUUGUAGAGCAAACUGAUAUAGUAGCUCUUGCAGCAAGAGCUAUUUUUGACCAGGAGAACCUUGAGAAGGGAAGAGUUGGCCUCCAGGCUGAUAUAAGAGAAGUUGCUUCAAAGCCUUCUGAAGCAUCAUUGUUAGAGGGACACCCACCUUUCAAAUCACAGAUACCUAAAGAGAAUGGCACAGGACAGGCAGAAGCAACAUCAAAUGAAUUUAAUUCUCAGGGUUCAAUUGAAGCAACUGUGGAGAGGACCCUUGAAAAACCAAGUUGUUCUCUAGGAAUUAAAACAUCAAAUGCAUCUUUACAGGAUUCAACUUCUCAGCCACCAAGCAUCACCAGUUUAAGCGUGAAUAAUCUUAUCCAUCAGAGCAGCAUCAGCCAUCCUCUGGCCAGCUGUGCGGGUUUAUCCCCAACCUCAGAGCAAACAACUGUGCCUGCAACGGUUAAUCUGACCAUUUCAUCUAGCUCCUAUGGCAGUCAACCUCCUGGACCAUCUCUGAUGACCGAAUAUUCCCAAGAACAGCUAAAUACUAUGACUAGUACCAUACCAAAUUCACAGAUUCAAGAGCCACUCUUAAAGCCAAGUCAUGAAAGCCGUAAGGAUUCUGCUAAGCGUGCUGUCCAAGAUGACCUUUUACUGUCUUCAGCUAAACGUCAAAAGCACUGUCAGCCAGCCCCCCUUAGGCUUGAAAGUAUGUCCCUGAUGAGUAGAACUCCAGACACCAUUUCUGAUCAAACUCAAAUAAUGGUCAGUCAGAUCCCUCCUAAUUCUUCAAACUCAGUUGUGCCUGUUAGCAACCCAGCUCAUGGAGAUGGCCUUACACGAUUAUUUCCACCUAGCAACAACUUUGUGGCUCCUGCAUUGAGGCAAACUGAAGUUCAGUGUGGUUCUCAGCCUUCAGUUGCUGAACAGCAGCAAACCCAGGCAAGUCAGCAUCUACAGGCCCUGCAGCAGCAUGUUCCAGCUCAAGGUGUAUCUCACCUUCAUAGUAACCAUCUAUACAUAAAGCAGCAGCAGCAGCAGCAGCAACAACAACAACAAGCAGGGCAAUUAAGAGAGAGGCAUCACUUAUAUCAAAUGCAGCAUCAUGUACCUCAUGCAGAGAGCUCUGUCCACUCUCAGCCCCAUAAUGUCCACCAACAGAGGACUCUGCAACAGGAAGUUCAGAUGCAGAAAAAGAGGAAUCUUGUUCAGGGCACCCAGACCUCUCAGCUUUCCUUACAACCGAAGCACCAUGGAACUGACCAAUCCCGAUCCAAGAGUGGCCAGCCACAUCCCCACCAUCAGCAGAUGCAGCAACAAAUGCAGCAACACUUUGGAAGCUCCCAGACAGAGAAGAGCUGUGAAAACCCUUCAACUAGUCGGAACCAUCAUAACCAUCCCCAGAACCAUCUCAAUCAAGAUAUUAUGCACCAACAGCAGGAAGUUGGAAGCAGACAGCAAGGUUCAGGGGUUUCAUCUGAACAUGUAUCUGGGCAUAAUCCAAUGCAGAGGCUUUUGACAUCAAGAGGCUUAGAGCAGCAAAUAGUGUCCCAACCAAGUAUUGUGACUAGAUCUUCAGACAUGACCUGUACUCCACACAGGCCAGAGAGAAAUAGAGUUUCAAGUUAUUCUGCUGAGGCACUCAUUGGAAAGACAUCUUCUAAUUCAGAGCAGAGAAUGGGGAUAUCAAUUCAGGGUUCCAGAGUUUCAGAUCAGCUUGAAAUGAGAAGCUAUCUUGAUGUUCCCAGAAAUAAGAGUUUGGCUAUUCAUAAUAUGCAGGGUCGUGUGGACCAUACUGUAGCCUCAGAUAUCCGCCUUUCUGAUUGUCAGACGUUUAAACCAAGUGGAGCUAGUCAACAGCCCCAGAGUAAUUUUGAAGUACAAUCUUCAAGAAACAAUGAAAUAGGUAACCCUGUAUCAUCAUUGCGGAGUAUGCAGUCCCAGGCUUUUCGAAUUAGUCAAAACACUGGCCCCCCACCAAUUGACCGUCAAAAGAGAUUACCUUACCCACCAGUUCAGAGCAUCCCAACAGGAAAUGGUAUUCCAUCAAGGGACAGUGAAAAUACUUGUCACCAAAGUUUCAUGCAGAGCUUACUUGCCCCUCACCUCAGUGAUCAGGUCAUUGGGAGCCAGAGGUCACUCUCAGAACAUCAGAGGAAUACACAGUGUGGUACAUCUUCUGCAAUUGAAUAUAAUUGUCCCCCAACUCAUGAAAAUGUCCAUAUUAGAAGAGAGAGUGAGAGUCAGAAUAGGGAAAGUUGUGACAUGUCGUUAGGUGCAAUUAACGCCAGGAACAGCACCUUGAAUAUUCCUUUUUCAAGUUCCUCUUCCUCAGGAGAUAUUCAAGGUCGAAACACAAGCCCCAAUGUUUCUGUACAGAAAUCCAAUCCCAUGAGGAUUACUGACAGUCAUGCGACCAAGGGCCACAUGAACCCUCCAGUCACAACCAACAUGCAUGGGGUUGCAAGGCCAGCGUUGCCACAUCCAUCUGUGUCUCAUGGAAAUGGCGAUCAAGGCCCUGCUGUACGUCAAGCUAAUUCUUCAGUUCCCCAGAGAUCAAGGCAUCCCCUGCAAGACAGCAGUGGUUCCAAAAUUCGUCAACCUGAAAGGAAUCGUUCUGGAAACCAGAGGCAAAGUACUGUCUUUGAUCCAAGUCUUCCCCAUCUUCCUCUCUCUACUGGUGGCAGUAUGAUUCUUGGACGUCAACAACCUGCUACAGAGAAGAGAGGAAGUAUUGUUCGUUUCAUGCCUGAUAGCCCACAAGUACCUAAUGAUAAUUCAGGUCCUGACCAGCAUACGCUAUCACAAAAUUUUGGUUUUUCUUUUAUUCCUGAGGGUGGCAUGAAUCCACCAAUAAAUGCUAAUGCUUCUUUCAUUCCACAGGUUACUCAGCCUAGUGCCACUCGAACUCCAGCCCUCAUCCCGGUAGAUCCACAAAAUACUCUGCCCUCCUUCUAUCCUCCAUACUCUCCUGCUCAUCCUACACUGUCCAAUGAUAUUUCAAUCCCCUAUUUUCCUAAUCAGAUGUUCUCAAAUCCUAGCACAGAGAAGGUAAACAGUGGAAGUUUAAAUAACCGAUUUGGAUCAAUUUUAUCUCCUCCCAGACCUGUUGGGUUUGCUCAACCAAGUUUUCCUCUUCUGCCAGAUAUGCCACCAAUGCACAUGACCAACUCUCACUUAUCCAAUUUUAAUAUGACAUCUUUGUUUCCAGAAAUAGCUACAGCGCUUCCUGAUGGCUCAGCAAUGUCACCUUUGCUUACAAUAGCAAAUUCCUCUGCCUCUGACUCUUCCAAGCAGUCCUCAAACAGACCUGCCCAUAACAUAAGCCAUAUUCUAGGUCAUGACUGCAGUUCAGCUGUUUAAAUACUGAUAAACGAAAUGUAAAGGUAAUGAGUGAGAUUACAAAUGUAUUUGUGUGUGCAUGCGCACAGACAUGUACAUGAAGAGAAGGAUUGUGUGUGUGUGUGUAUAAUUAGUUUUCAGUUAUCUUCUGAAUGUAGGAAAGCCAUGUCAGGUGCAGAUACUGGGUUGUCAGAAAACAAGUUAUCUUUCGUUUUCAACUGCAUGGUGUACUUUUUUAUUUUCCAAAUAGAUUUACAUUUCAAAGUUGGUAUUUCCUAAAUACUAAUUAGCUGGAAAUUGGGGGAGAUCAUCUUGUCAUGUACUGGGUAGUAGGAGGGAGCCUAGACUUUAAACUUGAUUGUUGAUAACUUAUAGAAUAUAUAGUUAAGUUGCUACUGAAAAAUAUAGGCAGCUUGAUAAAACAGUGGCUCAUAAUCAAGUGCUGGCUAAUGUCAGCAUCUAGAACAGCUUCUUACCUAUGGCAGAUGUUGAACUGAUGUUGAGUUUAAUGUCCGUAGUUAAAGUCAAGCAGUUAGCAAAUAAAUAAAAGCAAUCAGCCUUUAUUCUCAAAGUUUGGUUUAGAUAGAGACUUCUUUCUAAAUUAUAACAAUCCAUAAAUUAUCUGAAUUUUAUGUCUUGUUCUUCAAAUUAGGGAGCUGUGUUAUCCUUUAAUGUGCCAAGAUUAUUUAAAGCAAAGGUCUUCCUUAGACAAUUAUUUAGCCUUAAAUAUAGAAAGCUAAAAAGUUAAGUACAUACAUAUUCUCCAUUUUGUGCUUGCAUUUUGCAUCAAGUCAUAAGGGUAAAAGCAGUUAGUUGUAUUGUGGAGUUUUGCAUGGGUGCAGUUAACAAUGGAUGUUUCAUCAACUGAGUUUAGUAUUCUCUCUUCAUUCUAUUUAUUUGAUCUUGAAAUACAUUCUUUUGCAUUCAUUUAAAUAUUAGGAUUGAUCAGGAAAUAGUGUUUGUAAUCUACACAUUUAUUUGAGCCUUACUUUAAAAAUAUUUCUGAACAGAGAUUUAAGCUCUGUCAGUAUUUUCAUUUACUGAUAGUAUUUAUAUUUUAAAUAUGGCAUUGUAUAUUACAUUAUUAUCCUUCAUGACAGAAUUAUAAUGAGAAUAUGAAUUUGUUAUUUUUCUUGUUGGUAGAUGUGAAAUGGUGCUUCAAAAAAUGUGUAGUCUUUCUGUAUGUCUCUGUGUGUGUAAGUAUGUGUGUGUGUGUACACAUAUUUUAAAGUAUGAAUUGGUCCUUUAAAAACAGGCCUGCCAUCUGAAAAUGGGAAAUUGAGACCUGAGACCUGCUAAAGCAUAGAAGAACUUGAUAUAGGUAGGAUUUUUUUUUUUUUUAAAUAGAUGGAGUCUGGCUCUGUUGCCCAGGCUGGAGUGCAGUGGCACGAUCUCAGCUUACUGCAAGCUCCACCUCCCGGGUUCAAGCGAUUCUCCUGCCUCAGCCUCCUGAGUAGCUGGGACUACAGGCACGUGCCACCACACCUGGCUAAUUUUUUGUAUUUUUAGUAGAGAUGGGGUUUCACCAUGUUAGCCAGGAUGGUCUUGAUCUCCUGACCUCGUGAUCCACCCGCCUCGGCCUCCCAAAGUGCCAGGAUUACAGGCAUGAGCCACCGUGCUCGGCCUAGGUACGGGUUUUUAAAAGCCCCACAGAAGUUUAUAAUACAUUUAAAAACCCAUAUUAAAAUUUGAAAACUUAAAAACUAAGAAAACAAUGGCAUAUAUUCCUUUUCUUAAACCUGUGAAGUCCAUUACUUUUUGUUCUUUUUAUAUUCUGCCAAAAAUGGGAUGGGGUGGGAGAGAUGCACAGAAAUUGUUUUAUCUGCCUUGUUAACAAAGUGAACUCAAGGACCAGCUUUUCUUUUCUUUCUUCUUUUCUUUUUUUUUGAGACUCUGUCACCCAGGCUAGAGUGUUGUUAGGUGCAAUUAACACCAGGAACAGCACCUUGAAUAUUCCUUUUUCAAAUUCCUCUUCCUCAGGAGAUAUUCAAGGUCACUCUGUCACCCAGGCAGGAGUCUACAGUGGCAGGAUCUCGGCUCACUGCAGCCUCUGCCUCCUGGGUUCAAGCAAUUCUCGAGCCUCAGCCUCCCGAGUAGCUGGGAUUACAGGUCUGUGCCACUACACCUGGCUAAUUUUUAUAUUUUUAGUAGAGACAGGGUUUCACCAUCUUGGCCAGGCUGGUCUUGAACUCCUGACAUCAGGUGAUCCACCCACCUCGGCCUCCCGAAGUCCUGGAAUUACAGGCAUGAGCCCCCGCUCCCAGCCCCGCCCCCCCCCUUUUUUUUUUUAAUCCUAAAAAGCUUCCUAAGGGUUGGUCAGAGCAGUUAACUCCAGUGAAUACCUCUUCUAAAGACUCAGCAAAAGGGUCAGUUGUGCCUCUUUAACUGUUCUUACCAAACUCUCCUAUCUUUUUCUGCUGCCAACCAAGCAGCCUCCUAGGGACAAAAAAAUAUACAAUAUUUUUUUUUUCUUGCUUACAAAGCAAGAACAACCUGUAUUUUCUUCCUUCAGAAUGGUCUUGGGGAAGAAUAGGAGAGCUUCAUGAAUAAGUUACUCAAGACAACAGAUAAACACAGUAGUCAAAACUUUUUAUUGAGGAAAAAUGUGGCAUUUAUGGUUUGCUUUUUAAUUCUCUUAACUGAAUUUUAAGCUGCAACGUUCAAAUUUUUCUUUGUACUUGAAAGGUCCAGUCUGCCAGUUUCAAGAAGGACAGUUUUCCAUGUGUUUGGCUAUUCAUUUCCCUCUCUCCCUCUCUCAUCUGUCUGUCUCUCACUGCCUCUGUGUCUGUCUCUCAUACACACACACACAUUCAUACACACACACACACACACACACACACACACACACUCUCUACGGUGGCUGUUCUGAAGUACUGGGGACUGCUAGACAUAAUUGAAAGUAAGGUAACAGGCUAAGGAGAAGCUCAGUUUGAACAUUGCAAUACAAAGGCCUGAAAGCCUGUGACUUUCAAGUAUUUCUGUUGCAUUAAUUGUAUUUUCCUGCUUAGCUGUGUUCAGACAUAGUAUUUGCAUUUCUUGGAGCUUUCAUUCCAACAGUGUAACAUUUUGAUCUUGAAAGAGUCUCAAUAAGCCUUAUUUGACCAUCUGAGGAAAAAUGUGACCAUCUGUGAAUAAUUGGCUCCUGCUUACGUGUAGCCCUAAUUACUUUACAGAUGUAUGCAUUUGUAUGUAAGACUUCAGUUCAUACAUGGCUUAAUUCUGAAAGUGUUCAGACCAUAGUACCCUUAUUUGAUUUAAAAGCAUGAAUAUAUGAGAUUUACUAGCAGUAUUAAGUAUUUGAUAAUUAGAGCUACGUGAUUUUUGGGAAGAAAUUUGUUGUAUCUAGUGUUAAUCUGGAUAUAAUUUUUGGUAAAGGGAUGGCAGAAAACAUAGUCAAUUGUGGUUAUAAUAAAUGUAACCUUAUUCUUGGCCUGCUCCAUGUCCAAUAGGGCUCAGGGAAGCUGGUCAUUUCCUUAGCGGGAUGAUUACUUCUUUGCCUUGAAGCAUUUAUUGGGCCCACCAUGUAUGGAUCAGCGUGUGAUAGUAAGUCAUACUCCCAAAUCAGUGAUUCCCAAGUCUUGGCUUUGGGAACCAGUAUGCCUCGUAUUCUCUUAAAGAGCAACAAGAAUUUCUUGAAACAAAAUUAGUUCAGAAUUGAUUUAAAUUUUUUAACUUCUGGAAAUACAUGAAGUUAUGUCUGAGUCAUGAGUGACAGUCAUUGAUUAAAUCAUUUCUCUGUCUCUUUUUUAGCAUUGUUGAUCACAGAAUCAGUUAUAAAAAAUGGUUAAUUCCUUUCAACAUUUAACAGUAACUUCUCAUGAAGGGAAAAAUUCCAGAUUCUCUUCAUGCGUAAACGUUUAAUGUGUCAAUCAUAGGUGAAAGGAAUCUAGUUUGAUGUUGUUUCUUUCUUUCUUUUUUUUUUUUUUUUUUUGGAAAAUACAAGUUGCUCUGGGAUGGCUUAUAUGUUGUUUUAUACCAGUUCAGGAAAUUUAUUUUUGUUUUUAUUGUAAGACCUUUUGGAGUACCAGAGAUGGCACCUUUUUUCUAGGUAAGGUGUAGGAAUUCCUCAGUGGUCUUGCUUCAUAAAAUUUAACAUAUCAGAACUGGGGAAAGAGAAAGGAGGGGGUUAUUCUUUUGCAGCAUUUUCCAGUCACAUAUCAGGGUUAUAUUGAACUGCAACAAAGAUCAACUUUUAAAAAUUAGCCUUCUUAAAAUACAAAAUGAUUUAAGUAUUUUAAAGAUAAUUUAUUUGCCUUGCUCUUGCCUUCUAACAUUAGCCAUUUCAUGGAGAGGCUAAAACUUAUACUCCAAAAAAUGUGGAAGUACGUUUUAAUGGGAGUAAAAUUAAAAAAUUUUGAGAAAGGGUAAGAUCUUAUGAAUAUGCAUCUUCUUAGCUUUAUCUUCCCUUUGAUAUGUAGGCACUUACGCUCUUCUAUCUGCUCCAUGUCAAAUAGGGCUCAGGGAAGCCGGUCAUUUCCUUAGCGGGAUGAUUACUCCUUUGCCUUGAAACAUUUAUUGGGCCCACCAUGUAUGGAUCAGCGUGUGGUAGUGAGUCAUACUCCCAAAUCAGUGAUUCCCAAGUCUUGGCUUAGGGAACCAGUAUGCCUCGUAUUCUCUUAAAGAGAAACAAUAAUUUCUUGAAACAAAAUUAGUUCAGAAUUGAUUUAAAAUAUUUCAAUGUGCCAUAUAGCUCUGUCCCUUGGUUUGGUUGGCCUUGUUUUUUCCUGUGAAGAAUGAAAGGGCAAGGGUGAUACCAAAAUGAAACAGCUUUGGAGCCUGGAAGCCAUUUUUGUAAUUCUGUUGUCUAUAUAAAUGCUACCUUUGCUUGGAGGUAGUGUGCCUGUGGCUGUGUACAUCCAGAGGGCAACAGUAAUAGCCAACAACCAGACAAACUAGUGAAGUUAAUCUGUGAGUGAUGAUUUUAUGAUACCUAUAUGCAAAUUAAAGGCAGAAGUUAGUUUCUUCUCAAGAUGUCUUUUUGGCUGAACGUUACCAUUUUUCUUUCCCCAGGGUUUGACAGAAAAGGGCCUUUUUUGGAUUUAACUAUAUUCUGUCUGCAUUCUAUUCUUCAUGCAUAGGUUUCUACUAGAACCUGUGGAGGGGGGACACCAAAUUUAGACUGAGGCAGUCCACGCUGGUAAGAAGCGUGAAGACCUUGUUGGACACAGAGCUUCUAGAUCUUUCCACCUGUAGCCUCUACCCUGUUCCUGCACUUUACCUGAAACUGUGCCUCUGGUCUUUAGACCAGCUGUUGGAACAUGUCACUCACCCACUCCUCUGUUAUAGCAAAGGGCCAGCUGGGAUGGUACAUGCUGUGUAAUCAGACACCUUCUCGACAAGUACAGCUGAUGUUUCUCACUGUUGCCUUAUCAUUCUCUGAGCCAUCUUUGAUGUUGAUUUGUAAAAAAAACAAAAAACUUAGUAACAAAACUCCUGUUAAACUCAGAGCUUGUAUGUGGUGGUCAUUCAACAUCCUUAUUUCUAGAUUUACACAAACUGUACCAACUGUAAUCUUUUUCUGGCAUGUGUAUGUGGUCAGAUGCUUCAUAAACAUGAGCCAACUUGGGUUGUAAACAUUGGGCAUAAUAUACAAAUUGGGGAAUUUUGGAUGACUGCAUAAUCCUGUCAUUAGAGAUUUCAUAAGACAGAAGAUAACUGUUUAUUUGUAAUUUAACACAUUUUUAAAAAAGAUGAUCUUUAAUUUCUUUCCCUCAGUUGUGUAUACAGCUAUACACCAUGCUAACACCAUACUAUGUCAUAGGAACUUAAAGUUAGAUGUAUCUAAAUCCCUUCACUUUUCUGAGACUUCUCUGUGCUCCCACACCUGAAGUCUUCAAAUCAUUUUUCAUCUGUGAAGUCACUGAGGUACUGGGCUUGACUAUAGUGGUAACACUUAAGGGGAGUUGAACUAUUGAUCUUCCAAGAAGAAAGGGACCAGACAGUGUUAAGAUGCUGCAGUUGUGUUACUGUGAAGAAAAGAUUCGCUUCCACUUUCAGCAGGCUAUAUAAAUAUAUAUACAUAUAUAUAUUUUCACUUUGGUAAAAAAAAGUUGAAAAAUCUGAGGAGAACAUAAUUACCUUCACAAAUUAUUUAUAGAUACACUGGGUGAGAAGCUUACUGUAGGGCAGUCACCCGAAAAAAACUAAUUUUAGUGCUUUCAAUAGUGUAAUAUUUGUAUCUAUUACCAUGGCAGCAGUGUCUGCUGCACACUGUGUCCUAUUACUGUAAAUCUCCUGGUUUAUAAUUCUUAUGGAAACUAAUUUGUUUUGUAAUGGAAUCCAGAGCAGAUAUGUAUAAUAUGAUCAGGAUUGUCCUACAGUUGUAAAUAAGAAUAGGUCCUGUUUAUUUUGACAUCUUUUUACAAAUGCAUUGUAUUAGGGUGUGAAUAUUCUGAACCAUCCUCUUGUUUAAAGUUUGGAAAUUUUUAUUGUUAAAUGUAACAUUUUAAUGGUUGUAAUAAUUAUUUGUAUAGAUAUGAAUAUAGUAUUUUAUUUAAGAAAAUAAACUUUGCAUUUUUGCAUUGUAAA